AUGUUACGAAGUCGAAGAAGUUCGCAAAAGCCAGAUGAGGCACUUUACAGUCACUUCAGACAGAAAUACCCCAAUGCAAGUGCCAAUUUCAAACCCGCUGGCUCGAAGAACUCAAAAGCAUUUAUACCGAGUCCCUCUCUCAAACAGUCUCAGAGACUGGAGGGCUGUGAUUUAUACAAUCCCGCACUAAAAGCCCAACUUGAUCAGUUAACCCUGGCCCAGCCUCUUGUGUAUCCUGACGAUAUCCCUUUCUCGACAUUUACGAAUAUAUCGCCGUCGUGCAAUCCUUGCAAAACGCCUGAAGAAGUGUUAACCGACGAAAAUCGCUCGAUUGACCUCCUAACCCAGCCAGUGACCUUUGAUUCUGUUGACUCAAAUACGAUAACAUGCACCUCGUCUGCUGACCAGUCUCUGUUAUCACACUCUGCUGGCGACCAGGCUAUCUUGCCACAGCUGUCGGCACCAUAUGAUAUGGCGCUGUCGACGGGUGAAUUUGAGCAACGCAGUAUCAAUGCACCUGCAACGCUUCUUCACGGUGUACCGAGUCUCAGUACGUUGAGCGACAUACCGAAUGUUGCAGACAGUUUGCAAUUUGACUGUGAUAUGGCUGGUUUGACUACUAUUAGUCGGCGAGAAUCAGCAAGUUCAAUAAGGCAUUCUGACUUUGGUGACGAUUUCCGAUUCCACUCGACAUUGCAUGCAGCCACUGCGAUGGUGCAGGGCCCAGAUGAUAUACCGAUAACGUAUCUUAACAAGGGUCAGAUAUACACGUUAACCGUAUCUGAUGCCGGUGGCAUGGAACUUGGAAGUUAUCCCACAAAGUACCGCACUACUGUACGGAUAACUUUCGAAGAUGAGAAACAACGAUCAAAGCCGGCAAGUUAUUGGAAGCUAUGGCAAGAGGGCCGUGGCGCCAACAGGGCUUAUCAGAGUGAGAGUACGCUGCUUGCAGUUGAAUAUGUGCCGCACAACCAGGGUGAGGAUUUGCAGCCACGAUAUCGGCAGGUCCAACUAGAACAUAACAGCCUCGACGGAUUUUCGGUUAUAUGGACUCCGCAUAAGAUUAACAAUCGGCGGGACUGUGCUAUAUAUGUUCGGUUUAACUUCGUGUCGACGAGCUUUAGUUAUUCCAAGGGAGUGAAAGGGGUUCCACUCAGACUUUGUGCAAAGACAGAGGCAAUUUCACCUUCUCAUGAGAUACCCGGGGCACCAAGUUACUCUGAAAUCAGCUACUGUAAAGUCAAGCUAUUUCGAGAUCACGGUGCGGAGAGGAAGCUUUCAAAUGACCUUAUCCAUGUGAAAAAACUUAUACAACAGGUGAAAGAACAGAUAUCCGAAGCAACAAUGGGGACUUCCAAUACCGGCAAACGAAAAAGAUGCAAUGGUUCUGCGUUGAUUAACGGAAAUGAGUCCACGCCAAAGACACGGAGAUGCUCCAAAAUCCCAUGGUCGUAUGGCCAGGACAUAGCCAUGAAAGGCCCCUUUGAGGAUGAUCUCCGGGUGGAGCUGAAGCGGUUAACGGAUAAGACCAUGUCUAGGCGAGAAGUCAGCAUUCUUAAUCUCAAGGGAGAGCCUCAAGAUGAUUUAGACUUGUUCCCCUUAGAGAUGGAUAUACGACGGAGAGGCAGCGAUGCCCAUGGACCGGAACCAGAAACGGAGGCCAGGGCUUCCUCAAUAAAAGAACCAAAAUAUUGUUUUUAUGUGCAGCGACGACAGAAUAAACAGGGAAAUGGAGGCUACUUUCACGCAAUAUAUAUCCAGCAACUAACGGCGAAGGCUUUCACUGAAGCCCUAGUGAAGAAGUGGAAAUUCAAGUCAGCGGGCAAGGUACACACUCUGCUGAUCCACGAGGAUGGGCUGAGUGUUGUCGCGGAUGAUCUUGCAGUGCAAGCACUGCCGGAAGGAAAAGGGGUAUUAUUUGAUUUUUUGGAAGUGCAUGAAGAGCCUUCGGACGUUAACAUGGAUAAUGACUCGGAUACAGCGCAGGAGCUAUAG